UGCUGUUCCCCGAGGUCAAGAUCUUGGGACGGGACGGAGCGGUGGUCAGGACGGUCAAGUCGGACGUCCCAGAUUACGUGGCGGUCAGUGGGCACCUGCAGGAUGUCAGGGGCACAGGCAGAGUGGUUCCAGGGGCGCCGCUGGCCGUGAUAAUGCGGGCCGGCAAGCCAUUCAAAGGCCAGCCUGCGUUCGAGUGGACCAUUCACGGUGAGAAAGGUGACAUACUCUUCACGAGUCCAGCAGGACCUUAUAUCUUCUCUGGCGACUCGUACGACAUCCAGCCCCGGAUUGAGAUUCAUGAUCUCGAGACGGACGAAGUGGUCAACGUCGAGUGGGACUGGCUGGACUGGCAGAAGGACCUCUUUAUCCGGGGUCGAAACGUAGGAGGGGUCUAUGACCGCUAUGCUGCAUGGUGGGACGGCGGUCGGUCUGCUGAGAAAGAGCUGCCCGAUGCCGAGCGCUUCCCGCGGUUGUUGGACGCUCAGGUCAGGAUGGAUCAUCUGGAGAAGAUCUUGAAGGAUUUUGAUGAAGCGGUUGAGAGUCUAAAGGAGUAAGGCAUCUCGCUCCUAAGAUUGAUCCUGCUAAUUCCGCAUUUACUAUGUUAAGACUUCAUUUUGUACCGUAGUGCUUCUAUCAAUGUACUUAAAUCACAUCAAUUCAACCAACCUCUGU